AUGUCUCCCACUCGGUCUCUCAAGGGAAAGAACGUUAUCGACCUGGACGAGCGUCGACGUGCUGCCCUUGCCGAAAUCGACAAUGCUAUGUUCUCAUGGUUCCACGUAAAGGUCGUCUUCGUCGCCGGCGUAGGGUUCUUCACAGACUCUUACGAUAUAUUUUCCAUUUCCAUCGUUGCCACGAUGUUGGGCAUGGUCUACAACGGCGGCGCGACCUCGCUUGGCGUCAAUCAGGACCUUGGUGUCAAGGUUGCUACACCCAUCGGUAAUGUAGCUGGUCAGCUCGUCUUCGGAUGGCUUGCGGACGUCUUCGGCCGUAAACGCAUGUACGGCAUCGAGCUCAUCAUCAUGAUCUUGGCCACCUUGGCGCAUGCCGUCUCCGCUGCAGGACCCGGCCUCUCGAUGACUGGCGUCAUCAUCGUAUGGCGAUUCAUACUCGGCGUAGGUAUUGGCGGAGAUUACCCUUUGUCUGCUGUGAUCUCCUCUGAGUUUGCGUCUACUCGCUUUCGCGGGCGGAUCAUGGCAGCUGUAGUCGCAAACCAGGGUUGGGGCAACCUUGCUUCUGCUAUUGUGUCAGUUGUGGUCCUCUGCGCGUACAAGAGUCGCAUCGAGGAUCCGCAACACACGAUCAAGUCUAUUGAUCAAGUCUGGCGCUUGAUCAUCGGUCUUGGUUGCAUCCCCGCCAUUAUCGCCCUCUACUACCGGCUCACGAUCCCGGAGACACCCCGAUUUACUAUGGACAUAGAUCGCAAAGUUCUCCAAGCCAGCGAGGACAUUGAAGCAGCGAUGUUCAACAGAGAGUUCUGUAUCGAUAAUAGGGGCGUCGAAAUCCGCGUUGAGGCACCUAGGGCCAGCUACCACGAUUUCUUUGCAUACUUCAGUAAACGGCAGAAUGGCAAGGUGCUUUUCAGCACUGCAUAUGCCCGGUUUGCUCUCAACAUCGCGUUCUACGGUCUCACUCUCAACACGUCGAAAGUUCUGGCUGACAUCGGUUUCUCUGACUCAAGCGCUAAGCCGUACGACCUUCUUCUGAAGACAUCUGUCGGUAACAUCAUUCUGGCGGUGGGAGGUCUGAUACCUGGUUACUGGGCGACAUUUCUCCUCAUCGACUCUUGGGGUCGGAAACCGAUCCAACUGAUGGGUUUCGGUAUGCUUACCGUGCUCUUCAUUAUAAUGGGCUUUGGCUACAGCACUCUGCAACGGAAUGAGGACUCUCGUAAUGCUUUCGUCUUCCUUUACUGUCUCACCAACUUCUUCCAAAACUUUGGGCCCAAUGUAACAGUGUUCAUUGUCCCCGGAGAGUUAUUCCCAACGCGCUAUCGUUCCACGGCUCACGGCAUCACUGCUGCCUCUGGCAAGCUCGGCGCCGUCAUUGCGCAGGUCGGCUUCGCUCGCCUCACGAACCUCAAGGGCGCUGGCAGCAAGAACGGCUGGCUCGACCACAUCUUCGAAAUCUUCGCCUUCUUCAUGCUCACUGGCUUCUUAUCCACACUCUUCAUCCCCGAGACCAAGAAUAAGUCGCUCGAAGAACUUUCGAACGAGGCCCAGGAGGGCUUUGCGCGCCCCAAGCCCGUCGACGUAUCAUAG